AUGCUGUUGGACUACUUGCAGCACCGCCGGGACUGUCGGUUCAAGCAGGAUGAGCGCCUGAGACGCAUCAGGGCCUUGAAGGCCUACCACGCACCCUUCAGCGUCCUCGACCGGCAGACGGUAAACAGUUCGAUCGAGGAUCUCGUCGAUCAAGUGCACAGGAACCCCAGCAGAGCGUCGGACCUUCUCCUCACCUACGGCAAGGUGGCCCUCAAGGCUCACGAAAAGACCAACUGCGUCACCGAAGUCCUCAUCCAGGAUGCCGAGAAGUGGAUCAGGGACGGCUCCGUCAACCUCGAGGGCCCCCUCGCGGGGAUUCCCGUCAGCGUCAAGGACACCAUCGACGUCAAGGGCUACGACAGCACCGUCGGCAUGACGUGCAACGUCCACAAGCCGAAGACGACGGACGGCGCGACGGCGAGGCUGCUCAAGGACCUCGGCGCCGUCCCCUACGUCAAGACCAACGUGCCCAUCACCCUGCUCAGCUUCGAGUCCGCCAACGACGUCUGGGGACGGUCGACGAACCCGUACGACGACAAGUACACCCCCGGCGGCUCCACCGGCGGCGAGGGUGCCCUCCUGGCCCUCGGCGGCCGCAUCGGCAUCGGCAGCGACGUCGCCGGCAGCGUCCGCUGCCCCGCCCACUUCUCGGGCAUCUACUCUCUCAAGUGUUCCACCGGCCGCUGGCCCAAGCUGGGCAUGAGCACGAGCAUGCCCGGCCAGGAUGGCGUCCCGGCCGUCUACAGCCCCAUGGCCCGCACCCUCAACGACCUCCGCUACUUCACCCGCGCCGUCAUCCAGCGCGGCACCUGGCGGUACGACCAUUCGUGCCACCCCAUGCCCUGGCGCGAGGACGUCGUCCAGGAGUAUCGGGAGAAGAAGACGCUGCGCGUGGGCGUCUACCGCACCGACGGCGUCAUCGACCCCAGCCCCGCCUGCAGGCGUGCCCUGGACAUGACCGAGGCGGCCCUGCGCCGGGCGGGCCACCAGAUCGUCGAGAUCGACCCGCCCUCGGGCUACGAGGGCCUCCAACUUGCCUCCCGCCUGCUCUGCGCCGACGGCUUGGAAACCGUCCAGGCCUUCUUCCGCACCGGCGAGUGGAACGACCGCGGCGCCGCCCAGAUGCGCUUCUACGCCAGGCUCCCGCGCGUCGUCAAGUACGUGCACUACCUCUGGGUUCGCUACGUCCGACGCGAUCCCCUCUGGGCCGGCCUGCUGCGGCACUGGCACCCGACGACGACGCACGAGUACUGGGGCCUGAUUGCCCGCAGGGAAGCCUACAAGCGCGGCUGGUUCGACAUGUGGGAGGAGACCAAGCUGGACUUUAUCAUCGCGCCCCCGAACGCGACCCCCGCCGUGCCGCACCAAGGCAUGCACGACGCCGUGAGCAGCUGCGCGUACACGUUCCUGUUCAACCUCGUGAGCCCCGCCAUCCGUUCCUCGCCGCGAGAGGCCCGGCCGACGCUAACACGCGACCAGAUCGAUUACACCGCGGCCGUCAUGCCCGUCACCCACGUCGAUAGGGUCAAGGACAGGCUGCCGGCCGACUUCAGCAUGCGCAAGCUGAACGGCAUCGCCCAGGGUGCCUACAAGCACUACGACGCCGACGCCAUGCACGGCCUGCCGGUCGGCAUCCAGGUCAUCGGACGACGGCUCGAGGAGGAGAAGGUGCUGACGCUCAUGGCGAGGGUCGAGGAGGCCCUCGGCGACGACAAGUUUCAGCUCCUGGACCUCGACUGA